ACUCCCUCUAGACCAUAACUACUACUACUCAAGUACAAGGCGGAAACAUCAUAUAAUCGAUUGAGACGUACAGUGCCAAAUGGGGAGGAGCCCUUGUUGUGCUAAGGAGGGCUUAAACAAAGGUGCUUGGACAUCUCAAGAAGAUGAUAUUCUCAUCGAGUACCUUAGAAUCAAUGGUGAAGGCAAAUGGAGAAACCUUCCCCAAAAUGCAGGUCUGAAAAGAUGUGGGAAGAGCUGCAGGCUUCGAUGGUUGAACUACCUGAGACCAGAUAUCAAGAGAGGUAACAUAGGACCGGAUGAAGAGGACCUCAUCAUUAGGCUCCACAAACUUCUGGGAAACAGAUGGUCUCUAAUUGCUGGGAGGCUUCCGGGCCGAACAGACAAUGAAAUAAAAAACUACUGGAACACCAACCUGGGAAAAAAAGUUCAAAACCACCAAAUCAGUACUACCGUUUCGAUUCCUCCUAAGCUUUCAGGGCAUUCAGAUGAAAACAAUUUUCCGCCACCUGCAGUUUCAACGACUCCUAUGCUUUCAGGUUAUACCGAUGAAAACAAUUUUAAUCCAGUACCAACGAUCAACCUGAUGCCCUCCAUUGACACAAGCACCUUACCAUCAUCACCAAUAUCGAAAACCUGCACGAACUCCAAUGUGAUCCGGACCAAAGCUUUCAGGUGCAGCUCUAAGCUUCUUCUGACCCCACAGCCAAACAAGUCAUGUAAAGAAAAUUUGGAGACCAACGUGAUCGGGGUAGGAUUAAUGCCGAUGGAUGGUCAACAUCAUUCGGUAAACAAGCCCACGGAAUUAUCUGGUGCAUUCGAUGAGUUAUUAUCACUUGUUACUACUACUCCUACUCCUACAGGAUCAUCAGGAGAUCAUAAUAAUAAUCAGUCGUCGGAUUUGCUGAUGAAUUUCAACGUGGGGCAUAUUUGCUUAUCGGAUCUUCUCAACUCAGACUUCUCAGGUGUUUGUGAUUUCAAUUAUAGUGACGAUAACAUGAGUAAUGAUUUAUCUCCAGUUUCUGCAGACCAACCACCUCUAACGCAGUACUCUUUCUCAUCACUUCUUAAUUCUGGUGCGGAAUGGUUUGAAGAAUAAUAUGACUUGCUAGUACUCAAAGUAUGCAUGUCUAGGCAGAGCUAGAAUGAAUAAUUCAGUCCAAAUGUACUUGAAACGAAUAAAUAGUACUACUGGCUGUCAUGUAAGAUUUUGUGUGACAUUGUUUUGGUUCCCAGCCGGCUCUGUGUUAUUACAUAACAACAAUGUAAGAUUUCCAAUCGAUUUUUGUACGGUGAUCGUGUUAUAUAUUUUCGGCAGCUUGUUAUUCACAUGCUUUUA